AUGAAAUUCCUACUAGUCGCCGCUGGUCUGGUCCUUGCCAUCGCAGCUGAGGAACUAAUCAUUAACAAUUACCAUGAAUUGAUUGGAAUUCGUGAAGCCGAAAGAAUACGAAUCUCCGAGAAGUCCCAGGAUUUCGAUGGCUCUAAAAUAGUAGGAGGCCAGGCUUCUGCUCUUGGUGCACAUCCUCAUUUGGGUGGACUUGUUAUCAUUUUGACCACCGGCAGCCAAUCGGUCUGUGGAUCUUCUCUUCUAACUAAUACUAGACUAGUGACCGCUGCUCACUGCUGGAGGGACUCUAGUUCCCAAGCUCGUCAGUUCACCGUCGUCCUUGGUUCCAUUCGCCUCUUUUCCGGUGGCGUUCGUAUUGAAACUCGCAAUGUCCAAGUACACGCCAGUUACAACACCCAAACUCUAAGCAACGACGUAGCCGUUAUUUCCAUAAACCACGUUGGCUACACAAAUGCAAUACAACGUAUCGCCCUAGCUACUGGUAGUAACAAUUAUGUAGGAUCUUGGGCUACAGCUGCCGGUUUUGGAAGAACGAGCGAUUCUGCUGGUAUCUCUAAUAGUCAAGCACAGAGGCACGUCAGUAUGCAAGUUAUUACCAACGCAGUAUGCUCCAACACUUUUGGUCCAAGCAUAAUUAUCGCUUCCACCUUAUGUACCGCCACAAGCGGUGGUCAGAGCACCUGCGGCGGUGAUUCGGGUGGUCCACUAGCUAUUGGCAGCGGUUCCAGCCGCCAAUUAAUUGGUAUCACUUCAUUCGGCUCCAGCUCAGGAUGUUCACGUGGAUUACCCGCCGGUUUUGCGAGAGUUACAUCUUUUGCCUCGUGGAUCAAUUCUCGAUUAUAA